AACACUCAGGACUGUAUUUAUUUUAUUUUGACAGCUGAGAUCAGCAGGAGAAUUCUGGACAAAAACAAAAAAUAUACUGCUGGUGUGAAGUUUAGGAGAGGUGCAUCUUUGUAACACAGUUGGAACUGUGAAAAACCUUUUAUUUCCGGUUCAGGAUGGGAAAAGCGGAAGACUCUGUGGUGGAGGAGAGACCCAAAUGGGACAACAAGGUUCAGUACCUGUUAACAUGUAUUGGCUUUGCAGUGGGACUUGGGAACAUUUGGCGUUUUCCGUAUCUAUGCCAAAUCUAUGGAGGAGGUGCGUUCCUCAUCCCUUACCUGAUAGCGCUGGUGUUUGAGGGCCUCCCCCUGCUCUACCUGGAGCUGGCCAUAGGACAGAGGCUCCGCAAGGGCAGCAUCGGCGUCUGGAACUCCAUCUCACCGCUACUGGGUGGAGUCGGAAUUGCCUCCAUGUUGGUGUCGUUCCUGGUGGGCCUUUUCUACAACACAAUCCUGGCCUGGGUGCUCUGGUACUUCUUUCACUCUUUCCAAAACCCCCUGCCGUGGAGCCAGUGUCCCCUCAAUGAGAGCCUCACAGAGUACAAUGAGGAGUGUGUGAAGAGCACUCCCGUGAACUACUUUUGGUACCGUGAGACCCUGAACAUCACACCUGACAUCGAGACCAGUGGCUCCCUCCAGUGGUGGAUGGUCAUCUGUCUGGCCAGCGCCUGGUGUGUGGUCUACAUCUGCUUUAUCAAAGGCAUCGAGUCAGUGGGAAAGGCAGUGUACGUGACAAGCACGUUUCCUUACCUGGUGCUGACUAUUUUCCUGAUCCGUGCCCUCACUCUGCCUGGAGCGACUGAUGGACUGGUGUACCUCUUCACUCCCAAUUGGGAGAUACUGAAGACUCCUCAGGUGUGGCUGGACGCCGCCACCCAGAUCUUCUUCUCUCUCUCUCUGGCCUUUGGAGGUCUCAUAGCUUUUUCCAGCUACAAUGAAGAAAGAAACAACUGUGAAAGGGAUACUCUUUUAGUCGGACUAAUUAAUAGUGCCACAUCUAUCUACGCUUCCAUUCCCAUCUUCUCCAUCCUGGGUUUUAAAGCCAACGCUGCCUUGAACGCCUGUAUAAAUGAAAACAUCUUGACUCUGACGAACCGCUUUGAGAUUUCAGACCAGAACAUAACACUGGAGAACUAUGAUGACUGGUUUAGUUAUCUUAAUAGUACAUUUCCAGCUGAGGUGGCCCAGGAGACCCUGAGGACCUGUGACCUGCAGGCAUUUCUGAACAAGGGCGUAUCAGGUACCGGCCUGGCUUUCAUUGCGUUUACUGAAGCAGUGAUAGAGAUGCCAGGAUCUCAGAUAUGGGCCAUCCUGUUCUUCGUCAUGCUCUUCAGCUUGGGACUCUCCUCCAUGUUUGGCAACAUAGAGGGAGUUCUCACACCCAUCAACGACCUCAAACUAGUUCCCAAGUGGAUCCCCAGUGAGGUCGUAACAGCGAUCAUCUGCUUGAUAUCCUUCUUAACGGCGCUCAUCUUCACCCUUGGUUCGGGGAACUACUGGGUCGAGGUCUUUAACGGCUAUGUGGGCUCUGUACCUCUGCUCAUCAUUGCAUUAUUUGAGAUAAUUGGAGUCGCUUAUGUCCAUGGAAUAAAAAAUUUCAGUGAAGACAUCUAUUUCAUGACUGGCAAGAGGCCCAACAUAUUCUGGAAGGCUUGCUGGUUGGUGAUCAGUCCAUUAAUGCUGCUGGUGGUGCUGGUUGCCUACGUGUUCGUCCAGGCCCAGAAACAUCCCACUUACCCCGCAUGGAACCCAGACUAUGAAAAAUUCCCUGACACUGAAACCAAGCUGUAUCCAGACUGGGUGUUUGCUAUAAUCGUCCUGCUCUGUGUGCUUCCUGUGAUUUCUAUCCCUGUGGUUGCUCUCUACAAACUCAUCUGCUGUGGAGUCAAAAGGUCUUCUGCUCGUGCCGACCUGAAUCCCUACAACAAUGACGGCUUUGAGGUUGAAAUAAAGGAACAGAGGGACAAACGGUCAUCAUGCUGAUCAUCAUCACUGCUUCUGUGGAAUUCUCACAUUAAUUUACUGGAAAGUUACUGAACUAUAGUAA